CUCAUAUCUUUUAUCUUUUACGGAAUUUUGUUCCCAAAAAGAUGCUUUCGGUUCACUGUGGGUCAGUGAGACUAGACAACUUGGACUGUCCUUGGAACUACUGAUUACAAACAGUUCUUAUUUGAGAUAUUUGAAGCAAAGUGUUAUUGAUGGUUUGUCAAAUGCUAUAAUUGAAUCUAACACUCUUUUCACUGAACUACCAGAGCAGGUUGAAAAGCAAAGUAAAACAGUCAGACAAUCGAUUAUGAUUCAACUGAACCACCAACGGACAAUUCUCUAUAACUCAGCUACCUCUUUCAACAAGGCAAAGCAAAAUGUUCAUAGUGACUUAGAAGAUAUUGGAGUCAAAAUACCUCCGGCUUUUCAUUCAAUUCAGUAUAUUGACUACUGGAGGUGGCUGAUUGGACUUGUUUCAGCAAUAUCAGUCCUGUACAUAUGGUCUCUUCUGACUGGAGCUACUUGUUGUGGUUGCUGUGGAAGUGAAAAGAGUUCUUCUCCAACAUUAAUCGUAACAGUUAUACUUGUUUCACUAUUUUCUUUUUUUCUGUGGAUCUUCAUGAUCACUAUAUUUAUCAUUGGAGGCCAUGCAGAAGUGUUUAUAUGCCAGGCUCUUGAAAAGGAAUCAGAUCUUUCAACUUUUUCUAAAAUAAUUGAUACUGGCGGUAUAUUGACUGAAUCAGGUGGAUCAUACCUAUCAUCACUGCUAUUGGGAAAUGGUUCUAUCUCAAUGCCUUUUGGGAAAGUAAUCCAGAAAUGUGAAAGAAAUGAAUCGGCUUAUGGAGCACUAAAUUUGAAAAAUUUACUUGACAUUGGCGACCUAACAAAUAUUACUAAAUGGACAAACAUAAUGCAGCAGAUGCAACAAAUACAAGUUAAUAUACAAACCUUUGAAAUCCUCACUCCAAGUUUGCAUACCAAAUUGACAGAUUUAAUGCAAGGUCUUAAAAUUAAUAUUAGUGGAUAUAGAGCUCAGGUAUCUGGUCCAGUUAGCAAUGACUUGGAAACCUUUGCCAAUCAGUUGACCAGUGCAGCUAACCAGAUUGGUGAUAUAAACAUUGCAGCCCAGCUGGAAACAUUAGCUGAAAAAUCCCGACGCAUAAUUACCACAUACAUAAAAGAUCUCGAACAACAUAAGGAGAACCUCAUUUACCAACUAACUGCUUUAGAACUAAAAAUUAAUCCAUUGUUGGUACAAGUGAACCAAUCCUUGGCUCAUAUGAAAGCAAUACAGUACUUCAUUAAAAACCAAGGAGAUCGAAUAGCGCAAGAGGCACUGGACUUGUACACUUCAAGAAUGCUUAAUUAUUUGGAGCAAUACCAUAAAUUCGUCCAAGAAAAUUUAAAAAAUAUCCCGUGUAAGUCAUUAUAUGACCUCUACAACUACGUGAACAUUGCAGUUUGUCGUCUUAUCAUUGAUCCUCUGAAUGGGUUUUGGUUUUCCACAUUGUGGUGCUUGAUAAUUUUUCUUAUAGAAACACCAAUUUGCUUAAAAUUGAUAGAUUAUUACAGCCAGGCAAUAGAAGAUUCUGAUAUGAGUACAUCCCAAUCAUAUACAAACGGAAGUGAAAAUGGUGAAUGGAUGCCUGAGGCAAGAGAAAGAGGUGGCUGGUAAAUUGAUGAGGAAUGCUUGAAACUCUUGAACAAGAUUAAAGCACAUUAAAUUCUGUUAUGCUCCUUAAGCACAAUGUAUCGAUUAAGGACAAUUUUUAAUUGUUAUGAAGACUGAACUGGAAGUUAAUUCAUAGACAUGUAUUGUACUGACAUUGAGUACCUGCUUCCAGGAACAUUUUCCCUCUACUGCCCUGUUAUUACUGUUGUAAUAAUACUAAAUGUAAGAUCAGAAAAAGUUAAAAUUAUUUAUUACAUUGAUAAAUAAAUCAGCCAGUACUUAUUUAAUAAUUAUUUUAAAUUUAUGACCAAUAAGAGAUUUACUAAG